GCGCUUUGAUUACCGUCCAAAACCUGAUCCUUACUGCCAAGCUCGUUACACCUUCUGUCCCACUGGCUCUGCCUUUCCUGUUAUGAAAGAAGAGGAUGUCAUUGAAGUGUAUCGAUUACAGGCUCCAGUAUGGGAAUUCAAAUAUGGGGACCUAUUAGGACAUUUGAAAAUUAUGCAUGAUGCUGUGGGUUUCAAGAGCUCUCUAACGGGCAAAAACUACACAAUGGAGUGGUAUGAGCUCUUCCAGCUUGGGAACUGCACAUUUCCGCAUCUCCGGCCUGGCAUGGACGCACCAUUCUGGUGCAACCAGGGAGCUGCCUGCUUUUUUGAAGGAAUAGAUGAUGCACACUGGAAGGAAAAUGGAACUUUAGUUCUUGUGACCACAAUAUCAGGAACCAUGUUUAAUGAAAUGGCAAAAUGGGUAAAAUACGACAACGAGACUGGCAUUUACUAUGAGACCUGGACAGUACAAGCAAGUCCUGACAAACAAUCUAUAGUAUGGUUUGACUCCUACGAAUGCUCUAAAUUUAUCUUGAGAACGUACCAGAAGCUAGCUGACUUAGGAGCUGUAUUUAAGACGACACAAACAAACUAUACUAGCAUAAUUUUAUUCAGUGGAGAACCUAUCUAUUUGGGAAAUGAAACAUCUAUUUUUGGACCUCUAGGAAACAAAACAUUGGCAGCAGCUAUAAGAGACUUCUACUAUCCAUUCAAACCUCAUCGGACAGUUGGAGAGUUUUUUGUGGAUCUUUUAAAAAUAAUUGAUCGUGUCAUCUUGAAUCAACAGUUUUACCUCUUCUACAACUUGGAAUACUGGUUUUUACCUAUGAAGUUCCCUUAUCUCAAAAUAAUUUAUGAGGAGGUCCCUUUACCUAUUGGAAGCAAAACAUCCUUCGGUGUGUAAUUGCUUAGUGAAGAACCAGACUUGCCCUUAUGCCAGAAUACCCUA